UACUCUGUCAGCAAAACUACAAACAUCACUCUUGGUCAUUCAGUCGUCGCUGAGCUGCCUUUCAAGAUAGAAGGUAUUUCUUGCCGGCAUCAAGAUGAUAGCGUUUUUACUUGUGCUUCUGGUAGUUUUUCUCGUGUACAAAUUUCGGGAGUUGAAUACGAAAAAUUCGGAUUAUUUUGAAGUUCGAGGAGUGAAAAGUAUCGUAAGAAAGCCCUUUUACGCUGGUCUACUGAGGGUUAUACGAAAACAGAUAUCUAUCAUUGAUAUUGUGCAAGAAAUAUACGAUCAACAGCCAAAUGAAAAAAUUAUUGGCCUCUGGGAUAUGACGAAGCCCGUAAUCAUGAUCAAAGAUCCUGAUCUAGUGAAGGUGAUUGCUGUUAAGGAGUUCGAUCACUUCCAGGAUCGCCGAACUGUGAUCACAGAGCAAAUGGAUGAACUGUUCGGAAACUCAUUACUAGUCCUCAAAGGUCAGAAGUGGAGAGACAUGCGUUCCACUCUCAGUCCUGCUUUCACGGGCAGCAAAAUGCGCCUCAUGUCCGAUCUCGUUGUGGAAAUCUGUGAGCAAAUGGUGGAAUUCCUGAACGAAGAGGCAAGAGUUAAAGGCCCACAAACACACGAAAUGAAGGAUCUUUUCUCGCGUUUGGCAAAUGAUGUGAUCGCCACUUCUGCAUUCGGUGUUAAAGUGGAUUCACUUAAAGAUCGGAAGAAUGAUUUCUAUGAAUCAGCGAAAGAAAUGUCAGAUUUCACAACACCAAGGAAAGGUGUUAAGAUAAUGCUCUAUCGAACUCUCCCAUGGCUGAUGCAAGCUCUAAAAGUGAAAAUAAAUCAACCGCGUGAGACUGCUUUCUUGCGAACACUGGUGACCGAAUCAAUGAAGAUAAGAGAGCAGAAGAAUAUCGUGAGGCCUGAUAUGAUCAACCUCUUGAUGGAGGCGAAAAAAGGCAGACUUACACACGCCGAGAAGUCAGAUAAGGAUUCGGCCGGAUUUGCCACCGUCGAAGAGUCGAACGUGGGCUUGAAGACAGUCAGAAGAGAAUGGUCAGAUAACGAGAUCCUCGCGCAAUGCUUCCUUUUCCUUCUCGCAGGAUUCGAGACGACUUCUUCAGUGUUGAGCUUCACAGCUUACGAAAUCGCGGUUAAUCCCGAUGUUCAGGAAAAACUAUUUGAAGAGAUCAAGGAAAUUUCUGAAGAGUUGCAAGGAAAGAAGCUUUCCUAUGACAUCUUGCAGAGGAUGAAGUACAUGGACAUGGUCGUUUCCGAAUCGAUGAGGAAGUGGCCAGCAGCCGCUUUCGUCGACAGGAUUUGCAAUAAGGAGUUCAAGCUCGAAUAUGAUAAGGGACGAUUUUUCGAUGUUCCCAUUGAAUUAAGCUGUUGGAUUCCAAUUGUGAGCUUCCAUAAAGAUCCUAAAUUCUUCCCAAAUCCUGAGAAAUUCGAUCCCGAGCGCUUCAGUGAUGAAAACAAGUCAUCAAUAAAUCCAAAUGCUUAUCUUCCUUUUGGAAUUGGUCCCAGGAAUUGCAUUGGCUCGAGAUUUGCCCUGAUGGAAGUGAAAGCCAUCCUUUUCUACCUAGUACUGAAUUUCUCCCUGGACGUCACCGAGGAAACUCAAAUUCCCAUUCGACUGGCCAAAUCAAUUUCCAGUCUUCAGUCUGAGAAGGGAAUUCACCUCAAAUUGCGUCCGCGCGUGUGAUUGAGUGUGUGCUAUUAAGGGCACAAAGCAUACCAAAAUUAAUUUUCCUUCCUUUAUGUAGUAAUUUGACGGUAUUAUGAAAAUAAAUUCUUCU